UCGGCCGCUCAGCGGGCUGGCGCGGAGCGGAGCGGAGCGGCCGCGGCGGAGCGAUGAUCCGCCGGGAAGACACUGAACGGGCAGUGGAAAUUCUGACCAGAUACCAAAGCACCCUGCGGUCCCCGGAGGAGCAGGAGUUAAAAGCUUCCAUUGGAAAAGUCUCGCACAUCUUCCAAAGUGAACUCUUCCAGGCUCUGCUGGAUAUCCAUGAAUUCUAUGAUUUCACGCUGCGCUCUGCACCCGUGCAAUCUCCGAACCUGGAUGAACGUCAUGGCACAGCCAGGCAGCAGCUGGGGACCAGCGAGCCCAGCCCCAAAACCACACCCAGAGAGCCCCAAAACCUGCCUGAGGGCCGCCCGUGGGAGGGCGAGCAGCGGCUGGCCCCGGGAGCCGGGCACGGCGCUCCGGGGACACCGCCGCGCCUGGUGAGGGUGACGGCUCGGCGCACAGAGGCACCGGCCAGCGUCAGCACCCUGGUGCUCAGCUCUGCCAGCACCCUGCCCCAGGCCAACCCCGCUCCCAUUAUCGUGAAUACAGACUCGCUGGAACAAGGGCUCUCUAUGAAUGGCAGCGAUGGGAUGUUCAAAUACGAAGAGAUCGUCUUGGAAAGGGGUAACUCCGGCCUCGGCUUCAGCAUAGCGGGAGGCAUCGACAACCCCCAUGUUCCUGAUGACCCGGGCAUCUUCAUCACCAAGAUCAUCCCCGGGGGAGCAGCAGCCAUGGACGGCCGUCUAGGGGUGAACGACUGCGUGCUGCGGGUGAACGACGUGGACGUCUCCGAGGUUGUGCACAGCAAAGCCGUGGAGGCCCUGAAGGAAGCAGGCCCCGUGGUGCGGCUCGUGGUGCGCCGCCGGCAGCCCCCGCCGGAGACCAUCAUGGAGGUUAACCUGAUGAAGGGCCCCAAAGGCCUGGGGUUCAGCAUUGCAGGGGGCAUCGGGAACCAGCACAUCCCUGGGGACAACAGCAUCUACAUCACCAAGAUCAUCGAGGGAGGUGCUGCCCAGAAGGACGGGCGCCUGCAGAUCGGGGACCGGCUGCUUGCGGUGAAUAACACAAACCUGCAGGACGUGCGGCACGAGGAGGCGGUGGCCGCCCUGAAGAACACCUCUGACAUGGUGUACCUGAAAGUGGCCAAGCCCGGCAACAUCCACCUCAACGACAUGUACGCGCCCCCCGACUACGCCAGCACCUUCUCAGCCUUGGCUGACAACCACAUAAGCCAUAACUCCAGUCUGGGCUACCUGGGCAGCGUUGAGAGCAAGCCUGCCUAUCCCAUCCCUCCCCAGGUGACUCCGUCCCGGUACUCGCCCAUCCCUCGGCACAUGAUCGGAGACGAUGACUUCACCAGGGAGCCCCGGAAAAUCAUCCUGCACAAAGGCUCCACCGGCCUGGGCUUCAACAUUGUUGGAGGGGAAGAUGGCGAGGGGAUCUUUGUGUCCUUCAUCCUGGCUGGAGGCCCUGCUGACCUCAGCGGGGAGCUGCGGAGGGGAGACCGGAUCCUUUCGGUGAACGGCGUGAACCUUCGCAACGCCACCCACGAGCAGGCUGCGGCGGCGCUGAAGCGGGCGGGGCAGACGGUGACCAUCAUCGCACAGUACCGGCCCGAAGAGUACAGCCGCUUCGAGUCCAAGAUCCACGACCUGCGGGAGCAGAUGAUGAACAGCAGCAUGAGCUCUGGCUCCGGCUCGCUGCGGACCAGCGAGAAGAGAUCGCUCUACGUGCGAGCCCUGUUUGACUAUGACCGGACCAGGGACAGUUGCUUGCCCAGCCAGGGACUCAGCUUCUCCUACGGGGACAUCCUGCACGUCAUCAACGCCUCCGAUGACGAGUGGUGGCAAGCCAGGCUCGUCACCCCCCACGGCGAGAGCGAGCAGAUCGGGGUCAUCCCCAGCAAGAAGAGGGUGGAAAAAAAGGAGAGAGCACGGUUGAAAACAGUGAAGUUCCACGCCAGGACUGGCAUGAUUGAGUCCAACAGGUCGAUCAAAACGAAACGUAAAAAGAGUUUUCGCCUCUCUCGAAAGUUUCCAUUUUACAAGAGCAAAGAGAACCUGGCCCAGGAGAGCAGCGGACAGGAACAGGGCGUGACAUCAAACACCAGUGACAGCGAGAGCAGUUCCAAAGGACAAGAGGACACCAUCCUGUCAUACGAGCCCGUGACGCGGCAAGAAAUUCACUACGCCAGGCCAGUGAUCAUCCUGGGCCCCACCAAGGACCGAAUCAACGACGACCUCAUCUCGGAAUUCCCACACAAGUUUGGUUCCUGCGUGCCCCACACCACCAGGCCUCGGCGCGACAACGAGGUGGACGGACAGGAUUACCACUUUGUGGUGUCCCGGGAGCAGAUGGAGAAAGACAUCCAGGACAACAAGUUCAUAGAGGCUGGGCAGUUCAAUGACAAUCUCUAUGGGACCAGCAUCCAGUCAGUGCGAGCGGUGGCAGAGAGGGGGAAGCACUGCAUCCUGGAUGUGUCUGGCAAUGCUAUCAAGAGGUUGCGACAAGCACAACUUUAUCCCAUUGCCAUUUUCAUCAAACCAAAAUCCAUUGAAGCCCUCAUGGAGAUGAACCGGAGACAGACAUAUGAACAGGCCAACAAGGUCUUUGACAAAGCCAUGAAACUUGAGCAAGAGUUUGGAGAAUAUUUUACAGCCAUCGUACAAGGAGACUCUCUUGAAGAAAUUUACAGCAAAAUCAAACAGAUCAUUGAGGACCAGUCCGGGCACUACAUCUGGGUCCCGUCCCCAGAGAAGCUCUGAAGAUGUCUCCCACCUGCUUCCCUGCGAGCAGAAGAUCUCCGAAGUCCCACCCAUCCCAGCCCUCUGCCCCGAGGGGGAGGGAUAUGAAAACUAUUCCUGCUCCCUUUUUUAGAUCGUCGCAAAAUUGAGUUUUCUAGUCCUGUUUCUUUUGUUGGGAUGAACUCAUAUCAUUCAUCACGUGACUGUUCCCACCAUUCCUGCAUGGACCUUCCCACUGCUCCAUUAGAGACAGAUGAGAACCCAUUCAAGGUCGUUUUUUUAUUAUUAUUAUUAUUAUUAUAUUAUUAUUAUUAUUAUUAUUAACUAAACAAAGAAUCAAGAUGGGAGGAGGCGGCUAAGGACUAAUGUAAGAAAACAAGUGAAACAAUGGACUCUGAACACAUGAGCUGGGAUCAGAACUCCAGGGGCAUUCAUUUUUCCAAGUGUGACCGUCUAGCAGCUCUGAACAGUGCGACAGAUGGGCAGCAGAAAGCAUUUUAUUUAUCUGUAUAUGUAAUUUAUAUAUAAUAUAGAGGAGAGAUAUUAUAUAUAUAUUAUAUAUAUAUGUAUGUAUGUGGACUAGGAAAUCUGAGGGACCUCUCUGGGAAGGUGUUGUAUUACUGCAAGGUUCUUUCAGUUCCUCUGUCCCGACCACUCAGCGUAGGGAGUCCACUUGGGCAGGAAGAGCUCAAAACGGUACCGGGUGCUUUGGAGACUUCUCCCGUCCAGGCCAGUUCCCUGCAGCCACCCUGGCUCUGAGACAGGGCAGAGACUGGUACUGCCUGGGCAGGAGGGACCAGAGCAAGGAGCAGCAGCUGGCCUGAGAGAGGCUGGGAGACAGAGACUGAGCAGGAGGCUGCGGAGCAAGAGAAUGGAUGAUACUACAUAUUAAAUUGCACAUUGUUUUACACACAACCUUAUGUGUUUGCAUGAGAGGUUUCCUUUUGGUUCUAUUUUUUUAAGCUGAUUUUAAACCAAAACCAUAUUGUGUUGUUGUGUUGGCUUUUUUAAUUAUUAUUAUUAUUAUAUUAUUAUUAUUAUUAUUAUUAUUCCAUUUUUCUCUUGUUAAUGAUGAACUGAAUGGGUAUAAAAUCCAGUUUUUUAACUUAUUUUUUAAGCUGGCUCUAUUGUAAAUAGAAUCUAGAUCUGUGGUGUUUAGUUAAGAAAUACUUUACUGGCCACGUGGAACAAAUGUACUCACUGUCGUGUGUUGCUGUGAAAAACCUGGGAUGUUGGACUGGCCCUGUACCUGUGGGUGCAGGUGGAAUGACCCGUUCUGGCUUGUGGCAGCACACUGGCAUUCCCUUCUGCAUUAGCCACUGGCAGGAAAAGCCCCCAGCUGUGCCUUGGAUGGACACUCACGUUUUCCAGAUCAUACCAGAAUUGAAAACCUUCCUCCCUUCCCUGCUCCGUGCGAGUUCCCGGCCCCGCUGUGGCUCUCCUGGGGAAGGGCUGUCCUUCCAGCAAGGGUCACUGCGUGCCCACCUUGCCUGGCUGUGACAUCUCUGUGUGAAUGCUGCGGCUGAAGCUGGGUUCUGCUGCCUCCCCCAAGCCUCCCCAAAGCCCUGGUGUGGUGCCCCAGCUCACAGGCAGAGGGGCAGGGGCUGCAGGGCUGCCCCGUGCGCUGGGCACUGGCAUUUUUCAAGAGAGGCGACUGCUGGCACCAAGACACUUGGCCCUAAGCUGAGACGUGUCUGGUUUUGAGGACACGUUGUCUUCUGUGCUCGAGUGGGGCUCCAGCGUGGGAACAAACCCCUCUGUGGAGCUGGGGACGCUCCUGUGGCCUCUGAGGAGUGUGUGCCGGGUACCCAGAGUUGAGUUAGUGUGUGCUGGGUACUCAGAGUUAGUGUGUGCUGGGUACUCAGUGUGUGCUGAGUACUCAGAUUUCAGGUCCGAGCACUCCCCCCUUACAAAGAGCUGGUGGCUGCUGUUCCUCGCGCAGUCCCACACCCCACAGCACAGGAGCUCACUGUCCAGGCACACCCAGGUAAGUCUCCUCCUCCCCCUGUCUGGCAGGGAUGAGCUGUGGUCCCCGGUCCCCGAGGUGAUGUUCUCAGCGCGUCAGUCAGUCCUGGCACAGCACAGCCACGGCUGUCAGCGAGUGGAGCUGCUGUAAGACUGUCCGUGUGUCCGUGUGCUGCCGGGGGAGAAGCUUCCUUUGCCCAUCCUGCAUCCCAAGGAGCCCUGCAGGGACCGAGCAGCUCCUGGGGCCAGGACACAGCGCUGCAGGAGGGAGCACGGUGGAGGGCAGAAGGAUUCUGCUGUCGGUGGGACCGACCCUAAAGGAGCACACAGAACUUUGGCAAUGGAUUCCUGCCGGGCAUCCAGCCCCCUGCCCCGCUGGUCCUGCUCCAGCUGCUAUAAAUGUCGGUCCCUGAAGAAGUGGAGUAAGUGAAACAAAAGUCCUUAAGGUGCUAGUCACACAUUCCUAUCUUUUUUUUUUUUCCUUCUUCUUCUUUUCUUUUUUCUGUUUUUUUUUUGGUUUUUUUUCCUAAUAGCCUGUCUCCCUCUGUCAAGUCAUGUGGAGAAAAAGAUGAUGUACUCCAUGGCAUAGCUGACAGUAUCGAAUCGAUCAUGACAACAGUAGUUGGUUAACAGUGUUUCUUCCAAGGAGACAUAUAUUUUUAAUAAACAGAGAGUUGCAAAGAACUCUUGUCUUUGA